AUGUGGUCACCGUGGAAGCAGAGGAACUUGAGGAAGGCGUGCUUCCACAAGCUGCGCUACUCAGUCUCCGCGGUGUGCUUCCUUGUGGCGACGUCAGGCAUGUGUCGUGCCUUUGCGGCUCCCCGGCCGGAGGAAGCUCCGUAUGCGCAAGUCAUUCGGACUUUGGGCGACGCCAGCAACUGGCAGGAUGCCCUGGAGCUCCUGGCCGACAUGUGCCAGUUGGAUCCAAAGGUGGCUCUCAACUCAGCCACCUUUACUGCAGCAGUUGCCGCGUGCGGCAGCGCAGCGCAGUGGUUGCAGGUCAGUGUGUUGCUCGAAGAAGCCAGAAGAAAAAACAUCGAGUCUGACCUCGAAAUGUCUCAAGCCGCGCUGGCGGCCUACGCUGCGGGCCUCGCUUGGGCUCAGGCAGUUCAUCUCUUCGCGGAGGCAAAGAUGCCCCAGUUGCAGCCCACCGUGGUUGAGAUAUGCGCCCGAGCACAGCAAGUAGAGCGGGCCUUGCAGCUGGCCCCUGCAAAGCUCGGGGAGUCCAAACUGGGUUGCGGACUGGUGACGGCCUUCGCUGCCGCACAGGCUUGGGAGAUAGCGUUGGAGUACCUCUUGCGUGUGCGAGGAGAAGGGCUCGAAUUGACUGCGGACACUGUUGCGGAGGUCAUGUCAUCCUGCGAUGCAGGCGGCAUGGCCAAAGUCAAGGUCGUGGCUCUCCUAUGGCUGGCCCGACAGUCUGGAGUGGAGCCGAAUGCCAGGCUCUUCCGAACUGCUUUGGGUGCCUGCGACGCGCGACUCUGGGCUGGCGCUGUCAGCCUGCUGGCCGACAUGGAGGAAGCAGGUAUCAGCCCCGUCCUGGCUGACAUGGACGCUGCAAUCCAGGUUGUUGCUGCUGCUCAGGAAGAGGCUCGUCGGGGCAGAACUCUGAAAGAGAAGCAGGAGAUCUCUGUUCGGAAUGUCCAGAGGGCCAGGAUUGCGGCACCGGCACAUGGGCCUCGCAAUCCGAGGCUGAACUUUCCGCCAGUGGUCGUCGAGUCCACUCCGGUGGCCAAGGAGGCCGAGGCUCCCAGCCUGCGUGAGAGGUUGCGGCCCGGACUCGCUGAUGUUUUCGCAAGCGAGCGUCCCCGAAGCAACCUACCCUGGAGCGGCGGGGGCCCCUGGAGAAGGUGGGAGAUGACCGUCGGCCUUCUGGAGAAGAUGCAGGCGCUGGGCUUCAGUCCAGAGAUUGCCACUUUCAAUGCAGUCCUGUCAGCUUGUGCUCGGGCACAGGAGCUGGCGCAGUGCAAGCUUCUUCUGGAUACGGUGAAUGGUGCUUCGCUGCAGCCCGACACCGUCACCUGUGAUCAUCUCAUAGGUGGAUGCUGCCGAAGGGGCCUCUGGGAGCAGGCGCUACUUCUUCUUGGCCGGGCCAGGGAUCUUUCUCUGGCCGAUGUGUCGACCUUUGAGGAGGGCUUGCAGGCCUGCUUUCGAGGAAGGCAGCCGCGGCUCGCCCUUCUGCUCCUGGCGGAGAUGGACCGUAUGCCAGCCGGUGUCACCACCCCUGCGAUUAACACUGCCAUGGCAACGUGCGCUCGCUUCGGGCUCUGGAAGCAGGCGAUUGCCCUGCUCAGCGAGCUGCAAUCGCGCCACCUGCCCCCAGACUCUGCCACAUACGCAGCGGCAGCGGCUGCUUGCCAGAGCGCCCCGUCUACGGCUUGGGAGUAUGCUGUGCUUCUGUUGCAGGAGUCACAAGGGUUUGGGCUGGCAAGUCCUGAGACCUACGCCAGCGCUAUUGCUUGCUGCGGAGAGCGUUGGCAGCUCGUCAUCUCGGCUCUGGUUGAGAUGCAUUCUACAAGGGUCCCUCCAGCUGCACGGACGUAUUCCGACGUCCUUGGCGCCUUCACCGCGCUAAGCCUGGCUCAAGCCGCAGUAGAGCUUCUGGAGGACCCCCUGAGGAAGGAGCUUGGGCCUGGAUGA